AGGAUUUCAUAAGUAUUCAUAAAUAACAUAUAAUGGUGAAUAUAAAAUGGGGAAAAAAAAAAAGGUUGGAAAAGGGAUAUAUUACACAGAAGGAGUAACAAAUUUGAAAAAUUUAGAAAGAUGUAAAUUUAUGAAUUUGAAUUUUAAGUGGUGGUGGAAUGUAUGAGGAAGGAAGUUAAAGGAAAAUGCUAAGGUGGAUUGAACUAACCGAUGGAUUUUUGGAGGCAUCAUAAAUAACUUAUAAUGGGGAUUAUAAAAUGGGAAAAAAGUUGGGAGAUGGGUGAUUUCAGCUUGGGAAAAAUAAAUGUAAAUUUAUAAUAUCAAAUAUGUAUAAUUAAAGUUUAGUGGUGGUGGAUCAAAUGAUGAAGAAAAUUAAUUAAAGGUUGGAGUUUGGAUUGAAUUAAUUGAUAUUUAUAAAUGGGAUUCAUAGGUUGCAUAUAAGGGUGAAUAUAAAAAAGGUUAAAAAAUUGGAAGGUGGGAUGUUUUGUAUAUAGGGAAGAAGGGAAAGAAAAAUUUGAACUGAUGUAAAUACUAAAUAGAAAAUAAUUAGUGGUGGCGGAUCAUAUGAUGAACAAGAUU